AUGGGACAACCUGGAAACUCCAGCCAGUAUUCGGUUCCACACGAAGCACGUAAAGUUCUGGAAGAAGGCAUUUUUGCAAAUACAUCAAUCUCUCAUAUUCUCCCGACAGAAGCAAAGAAUUUUGCAGCCUGCGUCCGUUUUGUGGGAUCUGACAAACCGAGCAUUCCGAUCAACUGGCGUUUGGCAGAAUCUGCUGCUGCGCUCAAAGGGCUUGAAGCAUGUUUGGUUGCUACACUCCUAAAAACCAAAUACCACGUCGACAUAAGUAACGCCACAAUCAAUACAGACCACGCACAGUUGCUGAUCAUGUCAACCGUGGUCUGGUCUGUUCAGCCUUCAGAUGGAAGGGGUGAAGGGCACUCCUUCUCUCUGAUCGAGUACGCAAAAGAGCUAUUCAGGUACAUUCCUCAUUACGACUUCCAUCGGAGUGCUGGAUCUUGUCAUCGUGCGGCCGCAACCAACAUCUACAAAACGGCUGACGGAAGAUACUUUCACGUCCACGGUAGCAUGAAUCCUGAUCCUACUCUGGACUAUCUCGGCCUUCCACAUGAUAUGCCCGCCGCAUCCCUCCAGGAUGCGUGGCCGCCUUACGUUAAACGAGUUUCCGAGUUAUCAAGUCGCGAAAUUCAGGAUAUGGCGGACGCAAAUCGGCAAGCUGGCGUGACAUGCCAGAGUUUCGAUUCAUACAGAGCCUCAGAACACGGCAAGGCGAACUCGCACGUUGGGCUGUUUGAAAUCAAGGACUGUCACAACUCUUUGCAGCCGCCAUGUUGGUGGCCAGACAGCCCUCAAACUUGUGCUCAACGGCCUCUAGCUGGUCUCAAGGUGGUAGAUCUGUCCCGGAUCAUCGCAGCUCCCGCAGUCACGCGCGGGCUUGCUGAACUAGGUGCUUCCGUGGUGCGAGUGACCUCCCCCCAUCUUCCCGACAUGUCUGCUCUUCACAUCGACCUCAACUGGGGCAAAUGGAAUUGCAGCAUAGAUAUCAAGUCUGAAGAAGAACGAAAGCUCCUACGAGACCUUAUCCUGGAAGCGGAUGUGGUUGUACAAGGAUAUCGACCUCAUUCUCUUGACAAAUAUGGCUUUGGUCAAAAAGACAUAGUUGAUAUGUGUUUCAAAAGACCUAGAGGAAUUCUUUCGGUCCGCGAAAACUGUUACGGUUGGUACGGCCCUCGAAGUAUUCGGUCUGGAUGGCAGCAGAUUAGUGAUGCCAGCGUCGGCAUAUCAUGGGGCUAUGGCAGAGCCAUGGGUCUUGAGCAAGACGAGCCGGUGACGCCAGUUUUUCCCAACAGUGACUAUAUGACUGGGAUAGCCGGGGUGAGCGCCAUCUUGACAGCAUUGAUCCGACGCGGUAGACAAGGUGGCAGUUACGAGAUCGAUCUCGCUCUGAACUACUACAAUCAGUGGCUGGCAUCGACAGUCGGUGAGUAUCCGGACGACGUUUGGAAAGAGGUUUGGGCGAGGCAUGGGAAGCCGGUCUUUAGGUCAUAUCAUAACAUGGAGUACACGAUUCCUAGAAUGCUUCAAACGUUGAAGCAGAACAGUGGUCGCGUAUUAUUCAACCCGGAAUUUUUCGAGGAAAACAAAGUCUCUUUGGGAUAUAAUAUUGGUACACGGGGGAAUGGGAAGGAUGCCGCGAAAUGGCCACAGGAUCUUAUGACAGAAGUCAUUGUAUGA